AUGGCGUCCAGGUUUACGAACCUGAGCUGCAAUCCCUUCUCGUCAAAAACCUCACCUUGCACAAUCGGGAACUACGUCCAAUACGCCGUGAAUGCAACGAACGCCGCACAAAUCCGGAAGGCAAUUCAUUUUGCAGCUCGGCACAACAUCCGCCUUGUCAUCCGCAAUACUGGCCAUGACCUACUUGGGAAGUCUACUGGGGCUGGCGGUCUGGCAAUCUGGGUGCAUUUCAUGAAAGAAAUUUCCAUAGUGGACUACGUCUCCUCUCACUAUUCCGGCAAAGCCAUGAAGAUGGGAGCUGGGGUCCAAUCCUUUGAAGCGAGUGGCGCCGCCUAUAAAGCUGGACUUGUUGUCGUAGGCGGCAACUGUCCAACGGUCGGGCUGGCAGGGGGAUAUUCGCAAGGCGGCGGGCAUGGCCAACUGGCGUCUCAUGUAGGCCUCGCCGCUGAUCAGGUCCUGGAAUGGGAGGUCGUUCUGGCGGAUGGGAAGAUGGUGACAGCAUCGCCCAUAGAAUAUCCGGAUCUCUACUGGGCGCUGUCAGGUGGAGGUGGAGGCACCUACGGUGUCGUUGUGUCGAUGACAAGCAAGGCCUACCCUGAGCUGCCGACGACGUCGGGUAACCUUUCAUUCUUCGACACGGGUGUAUCACGAGAUGCUUUCUUUGCAGCGGUCGCCGUGUUCAUAUCGAUUCUUCCCUCGAUCGGGGACGCUGGAGGUGCAAGUGUUUGGUGGUUAACCAACACUACCUUGUCAACGACGCCUACUACCAUUCCGGGCGGCACAGCUAUACUUUUCAAUUCUCUUUUCAGUCCUUUAAUUGCGUUCCUCGAACAAAACAACAUACAACACACGUAUGAUGUGAGCGAUUUUCCUACAUACUUCGAUGCGUACCAGACGAUGAGCCCGCAGGAGACCAUAACUGAUCAACUUGCUGGUGGUCGCCUGAUUCCAAGAUCCGUAGUUGAGCAAAACUUGGACAAUCUAACCACCCUAUUCCGUGACACCGUCGAGAAAAAUGCUGGAUUUCUCAUUUCAGGGGUUGUGGUCAACUCGUCUCGUGUUGCGUAUCCUGAAAACAGUGUGAAUCCAGCCUGGCGAGAUGCAAUGAUGGAUGUUGUAAUUGGAGCGUUGUUCGACUAUACUGACAUCGGUAGAAAUGUGGCACUCCAGCAACUCAUCAGCAAUGUUCUAAUGCCCCUGUUAGAAGAUUGGACCCCGGGAAGUGGUGCAUACUUGAGUGAAGCCGAUCCAAAUCAGAAGGAUUGGCAACAGGCGUUUUAUGGGGAUAACUAUGACAAUUUACUAGCCAUUAAGAGAAAGUACGAUCCCCACAAUAGCUUCUAUGCUUUCAAGGGUGUGGGGAGUGAGGUGUGGACAGAGGCCGAAAAUGGGCGAUUGUGUAAGUCGCAAAGCUAUCCGAGGGGCUGA